AUGACGAUUAUAGGAGGCGCUCUUUUCUCUUAUAUUGGCUUAACCAUCAGGCAGGCAAUGCUCACAGACGUUGGAGAUAUGGUGACAAAUCACCACAAUGACAACCACCUAGAAAACCCAAAUAUUGAAGCGAGCAUAAUCCAGGAACAAGUUAAGAAUUCGCUUUAUGAAUUUCACAAUUUAGAUUCCGAAUUUAAUAACUCUCUGUCGGCCAUGAUCUCUACGUCCGACGCAAGUAUGGAAUUAGACCUGCUAGCUAUCUUCAUGGGCACAUGCUCAAUAAGCUGGGAUGAGAAUGGGAUACAACCAAGCGCCGAGUUAUUCAACCCAAUAAAAGAACUGGCACAGAAAGUGCAGAAAGUACUCCAAGAUCUAAGUAUAAAGCUAAAACAUGAGGUCGACUUCUUGUUAUCUAUCCAGACCGAAAAACUAACACAUCACCACCAAUUUAUCUCUGAGCUCAAGAAAUCAACUCUAUUUAGGGUUAUAGAGACAGGCGAGGUGUCUAGACGUCUAGAGUUUUGUGCUGAGGUCAUUGACCCUAUCUUUGUCAGAAGCACAGACAUAGUAGCAAUGGGCAACUUAGUGAAGAAGACACAUAACCAAUUCAGGAAUUCCAAGCCACCACAACCAUUGAAGGGAGAAAGCAUUCUUGAAGAUCAGGAAUCAAUAAGUAUCGCCCAAAGAAAGAUGCAGAGGUUCAUAAGGUUUUUCUACGCGUUUUAUACACUCCAGGCGUUUGUUGCUAAUACAUGGCAUAAGUCCAAGCAUGACAGAAUGGCACCUAAUCUUAGCGAUGCGCAGUACCAGACGAUAUUGGAGUUGGCCAACCUUCCGGCAAAUAAUCUCUUGAGAGGUAAGGAUGUAACAAACGAAUUCAAGAUUAUUGAUAGGGUGGUAUCUUCCGAAGGCAUUGGUUUGUUCUAUGAAAAUUGGAAUAAGUCGUACACAGCAGAGUGGCAGCGUGUCUUAAAUGCAAUCAAGACAUUGGAAGACUCCAAUAAGCCCAUGUCCAUUUCCGACCAGAUGAUUGCCAGGCAGACCGUUAUAGCUUUGAAAAUGAUAGCCAAUAAUGUGUACCACCAGACCAGCAAGACACUCAAUAACACAUCGGAAUUUUUCGAGACAUUCAAGACCAGGUUUCAAACCAUACAGCGAGAUAAGCUUAGCCUUUCCAAUUGUAUCCAAAUCGGAUACACUGGGUUAGAUUAUUCCUCAGAAUCUUCCACAUCACAACAGUUCCAGCAAAGCCAACAAGAUAAACAAAACCAACAAAACCCACCCCAAUACCAAUACCAAUACUAA